CUCGCCGGGGCCGUUAUGCCAGCACAUCGGCGCCAGGCGGGAUCGGGGCGCCCGGGGCAGCCGCGGCGCGUGGAGGCCCCGCCGGGGGGCGCUGUGGGCGGAGGCGUGACCGGCCGGGAGCGGCGGGAUCGGCGCUCGGCCCCGGGGCGGCCGCUGCCUUCCGCCCGCUGGUGUCCCCCGGCCACGGUGGAAGCAGAGGAGGAGUGGUUCGGAGUGGCUCGGAGUGAGGAAGCGCCGCCUGAAGCCAUGUCCGCGCCUGCUGGGCUGCCGUCGCGGCCCGCUGGUGUCGUCGCCGCUUACCCGGGCGGGCCCGGUGGCUCCCGGGAGGCCGCGGCCCCUCAGGGCGCUGCGCCGCGCUGCCAGAACGGUCCCGUGCAGAGUCAGAUGCAGUUCCCCUCUGGCUAUGGCUCGCAUCCUCCAAACUACAGUGCCCCCUCAGGACACUAUUCCCAAGUGCCCAAUAAAGCUGUUUCAUCACAUUUGGAUAAUCAAUAUAGAGCCAGUUACCAGUCUCCUUACUAUUCAGCACCAGCACAAAAUGUUAUGACACCACCUGUGGGAACCAAUGUGUUGAAUACACGGGAAUCACAGCAGUUCUACAACAAAACUCCUCCCCAUACAGUGGGGUUGACUGAAGGACCAGUUCAAGGAGCAAUACCAUCUGGAUCCUACUUGCAUACAAGUGCUCAGCAGUCAUAUUCUGCAUUUGGUGAUCGCUACAACACUUCAGUCAGCUCUUCAGUUGCAUCUCAGGGAUUUCCCCUUAAUUCUGAUCAUUACGCCAUGCCUGUGGUUUCUAGUGCCAUGUACCCUAGUGUUUCCUAUCCUCCUGCAGCUACUAGCAGCGUGUAUGGGCAGGCAUUUACCUCUCAGAGCCUUCCUGCAGCCGGACAGUUCAAAGAGACAAAUACGUUUUCUAGCCAGAGUACAUCAGUACCUCAUUCACUUCAACAGCAUGUUCCUGUGGGAUAUAACUCUACAUUAUCAACUAUUUCAUCUGCUCAGUCCUUUCAGGACAACCUGGGCAAGAAUAUCACUGGAUCCGUUGCUAAAGUAAACAACCAAGUAAACAGAGGUGGCAUUGAUUCUUCACAGCCCGUGCACUCUGUGAGCCAGAGCGUUCAGUUUACCAAGCCUGGGGUUGGGACACCUGCUUCCUCUGCUCUGAUCUCCUCAGUGAGGACGCCAGCUCCAGGCCUUUCUUCACAGCCACGGUCCUCACCCUCCAUUACGCAGUCACCAGAUUCAGCCCUUCAGGAAGGCAUGCAGUAUGGUGGAUAUGUUAAUAAUCAAGCUAGCUCUGCACCAACUCCCUUGUCAUCAAGUUCAGAUGAUGAGGAAGAGGAUGAGGAGGAUGAGGAAGCAGCACUUGAUAGUUCUUCUACUACUAGCAGCGCGUCUCCUGUUCUGAACAAUUACGAUGCCCUGGAAGGAGGUGGCUAUCCAGAGACACGCUCUGUGACCAGCAGCCCAGUUCCUACUCCACCAGCCCCUCAAACAUCCAAAACUUCUAAGCCCUUUGGUUAUGGAUAUCCAACACUGCAGCCUGCCUACCAAAAUACAGCACCACCUACUCCUGUGCAGCCCAGUAAUCCAAGCCACCAUCCUGGGUUUCAGCAUUAUCCACAGCAAUAUCCAGGUGUGAACCAGCUGUCCUCUUCCUUAGGAGGGUUAAGUCUGCAGCAUUCUCAGCAGCCAGAAGGCUUGAGACCUGUAAACCUUACACAAGAUAGAAAUAUUUUACCUGUAUCUUCAGUUCCUGCUCCUGUACCAAGCUUGAAUUCUGAUCUUAGGAAAUUAAACUGCAGUCCGGAUUCAUUUCGAUGUACAUUGACAAAUAUUCCACAGACACAGGCUUUGUUAAAUAAAGCUAAACUUCCUUUGGGUUUGCUGCUACAUCCCUUCAGAGACUUAACGCAAUUACCAGUAAUAACAUCAAGCACAAUAGUGAGGUGCAGGUCCUGCAGGACAUAUAUCAACCCUUUUGUUUCUUUCAUUGAUCAAAGGAGAUGGAAAUGCAAUUUAUGCUAUAGAGUUAAUGAUGUUCCUGAGGAAUUUAUGUAUAAUCCUCUGACACGAUCUUACGGAGAGCCGCACAAACGGCCAGAGGUCCAAAAUUCUACAGUGGAAUUCAUUGCUUCCUCUGACUAUAUGCUUCGUCCUCCUCAGCCUGCGGUAUAUUUAUUUGUUUUAGAUGUCUCUCAUAAUGCAGUGGAUGCUGGAUAUUUGACAAUAGUCUGCAAUUCAUUGUUGGAAAACCUGGACAAGCUGCCUGGAGACUUAAGAACAAGAAUAGGAUUCAUAACAUUUGACAGCACUGUUCAGUUUUACAACUUGCAAGAAGGUUUAUCUCAGCCUCAGAUGCUGAUUGUUUCAGAUAUUGAUGAUGUUUUCCUACCUACACCAGAUGGCUUACUAGUAAAUCUCCAUGAAAGCAAAGAGCUAAUAAAAGAUCUGUUGAAUGCAUUACCAAAUAUGUUCACUAAUACAAGAGAAACGCACAGCGCCUUGGGCUCUGCUCUUCAGGCUGCAUUUAAACUGAUGUCUCCAACAGGAGGUCGGAUAUCUGUUUUUCAAACUCAGUUACCAUCUUUGGGUGCAGGGCUUUUGCAUUCCAGAGAAGAUCCCAAUCAAAGGUCGAGCACAAAGGUGGUCCAGCAUCUUGGUCCGGCGACAGAUUUCUAUAAAAAGUUGGCAUUGGACUGCUCAGGCCAGCAGACUGCUGUGGAUUUAUUCCUCUUAAGUUCACAGUAUUCUGAUCUAGCUUCCCUUGCUUGCAUGUCCAAGUAUUCUGCGGGAUGCAUCUAUUAUUAUCCGUCUUUCCACCAUAGCCAUAAUCCUGCUCAGGCUGAAAAGUUGCAAAAAGACCUUAAAAGAUACCUUACCAGGAAGAUUGGAUUUGAGGCAGUUAUGCGCAUAAGGUGCACAAAAGGUCUUUCAAUACACACUUUUCAUGGGAACUUUUUUGUCCGAUCUACUGAUUUAUUGUCCCUCGCCAAUGUCAAUCCUGAUGCUGGGUUUGCAGUACAAAUGUCCAUUGAGGAGAGUCUGACUGACACAUCUUUAGCUUGUUUUCAAACAGCUCUUUUGUAUACUUCCAGCAAAGGUGAACGUCGAAUUCGAGUGCACACGCUUUGCUUGCCUGUAGUAAACUCACUGAGUGAUGUAUAUGCAGGAGCUGAUGUACAAGCAGUUAUAUGCCUCUUAGCAAACAUGGCUGUGGAUCGCUCAGUUUCAUCUAGUCUUCCAGAUGCAAGAGAUGCCUUAGUUAAUGCUGUGGUAGACUCUUUGUCAGCGUACAUGUCAACUGCCUCAAACCUGCAGCAAUCUAUGCUGAUAGCACCAAAUUCCCUCAAGUUGUUUCCACUCUAUGUUUUGGCUCUUCUCAAACAGAAAGCUUUUAGAACGGGCACUAGUACACGCUUGGAUGAUCGUGUUUAUGCAAUGUGCCAGAUAAAGAGCCAGCCUCUUGUUCACUUGAUGAAAAUGAUACAUCCCAACUUGUACAGAAUAGACAAGUUGAUUGAUGAGAGUACAAUACAUGUAAAUGACAGAGUUGUUCCUCAGCCUCCUCUUCAGAAGUUAUCUGCAGAGAAGUUGACAAGAGAAGGAGCUUUCCUUAUGGAUUGUGGUUCAAAUUUUUAUAUUUGGGUUGGAAAAAACUGUGAUAACAACUUCAUAAAAGAUGUCCUUGGAUAUCCAAACUAUGCGUCAAUACCCCAGAGAAUGACGCAGCUUCCUGAGAUAGAUGCACCUUCUUCAGAAAGGACACGGUCCUUCAUAUCCUGGCUUAGAGACAACAGACCUUUAAGUCCAGUUCUUCAAGUAAUAAAAGAUGAAAAUCCUGCCAAAACAGAUUUUUUUCAGCACUUAAUUGAAGAUCGGACAGAAGCAGCUUUCUCUUAUUAUGAAUUCUUACUGCAUAUUCAACAGCAGAUUUGUAAGUGAACAAGAAAUAAAAGAGAAAAAAAGAACACAACUCCAGGUAGCAUUGGCUGAGAGAAGCAUAUGGGAAACUACAGAAGUGGGUGUUUGUUCUUCGUGAUAUAUAGUAACCGGAACUGUUCUGGAAACUUUCCAGCUGAAGGAGAAGUAUACAUUUCCAGAGGAAUUUUGCAGCUAUACUUCACUCUAAAAGUGCUAGGAGCAAUGAAGCUGUUUCACUAGUAAUCUUUAAAUUGGUUUAUACACGUCUCCAGUAGUGCAGCAGUAUGGUGCUCUGUUUAUUGCAAGCUGGUGAAUUUAUGUAGCUAUGUGGGAUAUUUCUUAAUGAAAUGUACAAUUAGGUAAAGCCUUUUUUCUUACGUUUGUUAUGGUAGCCCUUCAAAUUCAAAUUCUUAACACAGAUGUCAAAGGGCAGUGCUGUAUGUUGGUUGUUUAUAUGAAUUUCUUUUUAAAAGGAAUGAUUCGUAUUUACUAAAGACUUCAGCAAAUUCCCUGUGAAAGUUGUAGAAUUUCACUAAAGUAAAAGAAUUGUAGAAAUGAAAUAUAUAAUGUACAUAAGUAUUACAUUUGUAAAGAAAAUGUAAAAAUGUAACUAAAAAAAGACAGCUUAGUGUACGGAAUUGUUGAGUGUUCAAUGAUGAAUUGUUUCCGUCUCAACUUGACUAUUAAAACGUGCUUUAAAAAAAAUCCCUGUAGAAAGAACACAACUUCUUGUUCUGUUUAAUUUUUAGGUGAAUUUAUUUAAGAUUGGCUUACUAAUUAAAAAUAUUUUGCUUUAUCAUGUGUUUUUUUAUGUUUAUGCAAGUAUCAUGUUUUCGCAACUGAACUUAACAACAUAUUGAAGAGAACAUGUUUACCACUUUAUUUCACAGACCUCUGGAAGGGAGGAAAAAACAUUGCAUAAUCUGAAAUGAGCUAUCAAUACAAUGGUUAAAGUUCCUGAAACUCUCCCUGUGUAAUAACCUAAAGAAGGCAUAUCUGUUAACCUUAUUUUACUUCUUGUAAACUGCUGCAGUCGUGGUCCAGGCUUCUGUAGUUUGUUUUGUCUGCCAUUUAGAGGAAGUGUAGGUAGUCACCCAGUCUGACCUGAUGCAAUGAUUUCUGCUGUGAUAUGAAGAGGAAAAAAGAAGGGAGGAGGGGGGGAUAAAUGAACAUGCAACAAUGAAAGUAAAGGUAUUAAAUUACCUUUAAAUUGCAAAAUGACAUAACUGUUUCAUCUUUCUGAAACCUUGUCCUUGCUGAUGUUUUGUUAACUUAAUGGUGGGGUUUCAGGUAGACCUAGCCCAGAUUUUUAAUUUUGGUUUUAAAGUUAGGAUGGUUUUGUUUUGGUUUGUUUUGAGGUACAGUAGAAAUAAUUCACAAAGCAUAGUCAUUCGUGCGUAGUAUUUGGAACUUUUUUGUUUAAUGAGAUGUGACUAAAAUGAAAUAAGUACCGAAAGGUAAAUGGUAAUUGGUAUGAUUACAUUUUAUUUUAAAGCAGUCCUUAAAAUAUUAACAUGUUGCAUAACCACCAUAUCCCCUGAAAACAGAACUUGAAUAGUCAAGAGAAAAAAUGUACUAGCUGUAGUUUGCAAAUGCUUUAAAAGCUACGCUACUAAAAUUGUUCAAGUAUUAUUCUGCAUGUUAUCACCAAUUCAUUGUUUGGGGAAAAUAUAAUUUGUGUGUUGUCUUUAAAUGUGUUUAAGUUGCCCAAAGAUUACGUGAGAGAAAAUUUCCAUUUAGUAAAUUAUCAUGUAAUAAAUGUCUGUGGCAAUGCUGAA